GUCGAAUAUUUUCUUUUAGUUUUCAGAGUUGGCAUCAUAAAACAACAUUAUUCUGUUGUGAUUCUGUUCAUUCCGCAGAGUAAACUGUAAUACUCAUGGCUGGCUGAGAAUCAUUACUUUUUGAAAAGGUAUUAAGUUCCUCAAUAUCUUAGUUGUCAUUCCGGUGCAUGAUAUGAGUUGAAUACCAACUAUAGAAAAAUGAACGUCCCAAAGUCUAGAUGUAUCCAUAUAGGAAUUGUAGGUGAUUAUACCAAGGAGGAUAUUAUUGAAAAGCAGGAGUCACAUUGCGAUACAUGUCAGAGGGAAGGUCCACACCUGUGGGUGUGUUUGCAUAGAGAUUGCUUGUAUGUUGGCUGUAAUGAAUCUGGCAACAAUCAUUGUGUCAAACAUUUCCAGAAAUCCCGAGAACAUUCUUUGUUUUUAAAUUUAACAUCAUUGCGAGUUUAUUGUUUGCUUUGUGAGUGUGAAGUUUUCUUGGAAAAUAAUGACCCUCCCCUUCCGGGCAUGUUACCAACUCAUCCUCUCAUUCUCAAAAAACAAGAUUCUGAUUCUGAAGAUGACUGUGACGGUGAAGAAAACUUAAAACCAAAAGGUUUAACUGGUCUACAAAAUUUGGGAAAUACAUGCUACAUGAACUCUGCUAUACAAGCCUUGUCAAACUGUCCUCAACUGACCAAUUUCUUCCUUGAAUGUGGUUCUUUUGUUCGUUCUGACAAAAAACCUGGUUUGGCUAAAAGCUAUAUGAGACUUAUGAAAGAAAUGUGGCACAGGAAAAGGCCAAGUUACGUUGUUCCCUCUGGAAUUGCAUAUGGAAUUAAAAUUGUGUGCCCUGUUUUCCGUGGAUAUACCCAGCAAGAUGCUCAAGAAUUUCUAAGAUGUUUUAUGGAUCAGUUACAUGAAGAACUGAAAGAACCAAUUGUUGAAAUGUCUGCUGUUUCUACCGUUUCUCCUGAUAGCCAUGAAGAACUCGACAGUGCUCGUGCUGAUUCUGGAAUUCCAGCUUCUGAAGAUUCUAGUCAAUCUGAUGCUGAUUAUGAAACUUGUGAUUCUGGUUUAAGUAGUGAAAAGGCGUCAUGUGUUGAUGAAGGGGUUGAUUCUCAGGAUUGUAACAUUGAAUCUAUACAUGCAGUUGAUGCUUUAUCAACAGCUACAGCUCAUCUCUCUUUUAAAUCUAAUAAAUAUAAUACAAGUUGUAUUCAACCUUCUAUCCAUUGCUCUAUGAUUUCAGCUCAUGUAUCUGAUAUAAAUGUACAAAGUAAAGGUGAUGUGUUAGCAGCAGCUAAAGAAAAGCAAUCUUCUGCAAAUUGUGAUAUUUCUUUACUUGCUAAAGAUGUUUGCAUGUCUAAAGAUAUUCCAGACGGUUGUGAGACGAUCAGAUGCGAGUACUAUCAUGAAGAAAAACAUGCAACUCCUCAGGUUGGUCAAUCAGGCACCUCUUCAUGGAACAAAGAAUCUUGUGUUACUAAUCAAAGACCUCAAUUAAAGCAUAUGAAUCCGCAUGCAUUAAUGAAUUCCAUUUAUAAUGCUUCUAAACAAAAAAGUGUUCAGUUUCGAAGCAUAAUAUCUGAUAUCUUUGAUGGAAAACUUCUGAGUUCUGUACAGUGUCUGACUUGUGACACGGUUUCAACUACAAAAGAAACAUUUCAAGAUUUGUCAUUACCUAUUCCUAAUAGAGACCAUUUGCAUAUGCUUCAUGCAUCACAAGGAAGCCAUCAAAAAAGUGGUGGAACAUGUACAGAUGUUUAUAGUCAUCAAGGAUGGUUCAAUAAUUUUUUUGGUUGGGUUUUGAGCUGGUUCUGGGGACCUUCAGUUACGUUACAAGACUGUCUUGCUGCCUUUUUUUCUGCAGACGAAUUGAAAGGUGAUAAUAUGUACAGCUGUGAAAAAUGCAAAAAACUUAGGAAUGGAAUAAAAUAUUCAAAAGUGAUAGAACUUCCAGAGGUUUUGUGCAUUCAUCUGAAACGUUUUCGACAUGAAGUGAUGUUUUCUUCGAAAAUCGGUAGUUAUGUAUCUUUCCCAUUGGAAGGCUUAGAUAUGUCUCCAUUUCUCCAUAAAUCUUAUCCUCGAGGAGUUACAUCUUAUGAUUUGGCAUCUGUGAUUUGUCAUCAUGGAACAGCCGGAUCUGGACAUUACACAGCUUAUUGCCUUAAUUAUCUGAAUGAUCAAUGGUAUGAAUUUGAUGAUCAGUAUGUGACAGCUGUAGAUGCUGAAAUGGUUAGACACUGUGAAGCUUAUGUGCUAUUUUAUCGAAAAAGUGGAGAUGAGAUGAUUAAGAAGCGCCAGUGUGCUGUUGAGCUUAUGGAGCGUAGUCGAAAUGAACAUGGUCUGCUCAAGUUUCACAUUUCCAAACAGUGGAUCAAUAAAUUCAAUAAUUUUGCUGAGCCUGGGCCUAUUACUAAUACAGAUUUUCUGUGCAUUCAUGGAGGAGUUCCUCCCCAAAAAGCUGCAUAUGCUGAUGAAUUAUGUACAGUAUUGCCUCAAGCUGUGUGGGAGUAUCUUUAUGACACGUUUAGUGGUGGCCCACCUUGUACUCAUUUAUAUAUAUGUCCAAUAUGUCAGUCGGAACAGAAUAAUAUUAGUGAAAAGAGAAAAACGGAGCGAGAAGAGUUUACUGCUAUGAAUGCUGCAUUCCAACGCUUAGAAAAUCCAUCUGUUAUUUAUGCAAUAAGUAUGAAUUGGUUUAAGGUUUGGGAGAAUUUCGUUUGCAAAGGAGGAGAACUGCCAGGGCCCAUUGAUAAUAGUACCAUAUGUUAUUUGAAAAAUAAUCAACCCGUAUUAAAACAUGCUUCUGAUUACUGCAGCGUAUCUGAGGAAAUGUACCGAUAUUUACACAGCAUUUAUGGUGGCGGCCCAGAUGUUACCCUUCAGUCAAAUGCAAAACUAAAUUCCAACAGCUGCCCUCAGUUUUCUUCACUUAUGAGUAGCGAAACUCAUGGUAAAUCUGCAUCUAGUUACGUGCAAAAUGCUGAAGUGCAUUCAAGUUCGAAAGUUAAUUUAUCUAGUCACAGUCACUCAUCAACAUGCUCAUCUUCAAAUAAAGUUUCAUGUAGUUGCUCUACAGAUCAAGAGUGUUGCAGAAGGUCGGUCUCUACUGAAUUGAAAGAAGUUGUGAGCUCAGAAGAGACUGUUUCUACAUCGUUGAAGCAUACCAAUAUAUAAAAAUGUACAGAUUUUUUUAUUGAAGAUGAGUGUGUGUAUAAAGGGUGUCUCAAAAUUAACUCAAGAUUUGAAAUUGCCAACAUUUGUGCAGUAAAGUGUUGGCAACCGUAUUAAAAAAAAAAUUGACAGCUGAUAGUUUAGGGUUUGUAAAAAUGGAGUAUUACACGAUAGGACAAUGUGUUACGCAAGUUUUAAAUUAAAUAAAAAAACACAGUUUUUUUUUCUCUUUAAUUUUUUUUUUUUUUUUUAUUGAAUCGUAAAGUGCACAGGAUAGGGUUAUGUAUGGAAUAACACAUAGGAAAAAUGGUCUCGUCUCCAUUGCUUUGCUGGCACAUACAUCUUUUGUCGAAAUUUUCUAUGACCAUUUUGCAGAAAUGUGGCUGAAUUUCAUUGAUGCAGCAUUGCAUCUCCUGCUUAAAUGCUUGCUUGUUGGCGUAGACCUUUGACUACGAAUAACCCCAUAAAAAGAAAUCCAAUGUUGUAAAAUCACACGAUCUAGGGGGCCAAUUCACAAAUUUUCAAACUGUGGCCACCAUAUUUUCAUUAUUUUUAAAAUAUUGUUCAACAGUGAAAGCACGUUGUUCUAUCGUGUAACGCUCCAUUUUACUAACCCUAAACUAUCAGCCUUGAAAUAGUAAUUUUUUAAUAGGGUUGACAACACUUUACUGUACGAUUGGUGGCAAAUUCAAAUCUUGCGUUAAUUCCGGGACACCCAUUAUUAUACAAUUUCAUCAAUUGUUACAUAUGUAUUUUAUUGAUGUGUCAGUUUCCUGUUCACUUGGGACUGUGUUUUUGCUAUUACUUGCACUACUGUGAAAACAUUUAAUUUGAACAUUCCUUUUUAAAUGUAGUGACUCGGUUUUUCUUCCUGCUUGUUAGGGAAAUUUUUGUUUAAUUCACUUACAGUGCCGGACUUCCCAUUCCCCAAUUUCCAAAGCUAGAUAUAUUUUUAUUGAUUUUAAUUUAAUUUCUGUUUCAGCAGUUUUAAGUAGCAAAUUUUUACAAACUCAAAUAGUAAAGCAUUAAAUUGUAGAUCAUUUUUUAGAGAUUUGAUUUUAAUAUUUCAGGUAUAAAAAAUGCAAGAUUUAAAAGUAAUUUUAUAUGAAAUAAAAAUAAUUAAUUUUUAACAUUGUCAAAAUUUUAUCUAAUUAUAGGAUCCUAUUUUUUUAAUUCUAAAAUUACAUAAUUUAAAAUUUACAGAAGGCAAUUAAUUAAAAAUUUAAUAGAAUAAUAUUCCAAAAUUCAACCGACAUUUUAAUUUGAAUAAGUUCAAGGGUAUGACCUCAGUAAAAUACAAAAUUAUUUUGAAAAUACCAUAAAAAGUAACGAAGCUUCGGGGGCACUCUGAAGUUGUUGGGCCAUUGAGCAGUUGCCUAUUUAAUAAUCCGGCUCUGUCCACUUAUUAUGGAAUCAUCUGUUGUUGAUCAUUUUGUCAAACAGCAUAGUUUCAUAAAAUUUUACUCAUUUCAUACGCUUCUGUCCAACUCAGUUGUAAAAUACUCUUUACACAUAUGCUAAAUUACAUAAUGAACGGAUUAAUAAUGUAAAAGUGUAAUCAUUUUUAUUACACUGUUUUUUGGAGACAUGUUUUAUUAUUUGUAUAUUUUUCAUUUAAAUGGUUUGUUUCAUCUUUAAUUUAUUUUUGUAUAAAACUAAAUAUUCACUUUAUUUAUUUAUUUAUUUUUUUGUUAAAAUUGUUUUUUAUUAGUUAAUACAUUUUAAUGUAGGUAUAAAUUGUUUUCUCAAUACACCCCUAAAAAUAAGUUUUCUCUCUCAUGAACUUGAUUUUUGUCCAUGUUAUUAACUUAGAAUGGCUUUAAAAAAAUUAAACCAGUGAACCCAGUUUUCGGUGUAAAUGAAAAUAAGUUUUACAACGCGAUUUUUAAUAACAAAGUCUUAUUAUUCCUCAGUGUAAUUGUUUUUCAGAUUUACUUGUGCCAAUUAUUGAUUAAAAAUGUUACAAAAAAAUCUGUAUGUGUACAUUAUUUUUAAAACUACAAAGUGUGGCGAAAUUUAUAUUGACAAAAAGUGUUAAGAAGCUAUUCCGUCGAAAUUUCUUAUUCAUUUUAAAGAAAACAUUUCUUGUGAUGUGAAAACAAAAAGGCUCAGAGCAGAGAAAUAUUUGUUUUAUGCCUAAGAUCGCAAGCACGAAAUUUAAUUUUUUCAUAUUCAUAUAUUUUAUUGUUUAUGAAUGUUAAAAUGCAUUAUUUUUGUCUUAUAAGGUAUUAUUGCCUUGUGCACUGUUGAUAUGUUUAUAUCUUGAUAGAUUUUUAAUCGGAAUUUUAUUGUUAUUUUAAUAAGGUUUUGUUUUUUCAUUAGCUUUUAAAUUCCCAUUUUAAUGAAAAUAUGGACAUUUUAAAGAUAAAUAAUUAAUUGAUUGAUGGACGUAAUAAUAAAACUUUUAUUCUAAAUUCAAGAAUUGGCUUAAAAAGAUGGACAUCCAAUUUAUUCUGUUAUACUCAGGGCCGGCUUUUUUAGGUGUGGGGUCUAGUUGGAAACAAUUUUCGAUAGUAUCUGGUUCUCAGCCAACUUUCAUCCAGAAUAUAAAAUAAAUUUCAUAAAAAGCACAUUUAUUUGUGAACUAAAAAAUAUGAUUUUUUUUCUACUAAUCGUUAAUUAUUAUUAUAUAUGUUUUUCCAAAUUCACUAUCAGAGUUAUUAUAAAGGAUAAAAAGUAAAGAUCUUGAUGUUAAAAAUGAAAGAAAAUAACUGUUUCAAAAUUCAACUCAACUUGAAUUUUCAUUCGUCAUUAUUACGUCU